AUGGAUAGACUUUCAUGGCCGGAGUUUGAGCUAUUUCUCGUACAGGCUUGGCUUAUAUGGAAUCAAAGAAAUACAGUGGUUCAUGGUGGGGCUUUUAAGGAACCGAGUUGGCUUAACAAAAGAGCAACUGAGUUCUUGGACGAGUUUCAUAACUCUCAAGUGCAGCUGUCUACUUCAACUCCCACGGUGUCAAGAAACAGUUGGCAACCUCCUCCAGUUUCUGUCUAUAAAGUAAACUUUGAUGCCGCCAUUUUUUCAGAGUUGAACUAUUCAGGUUUUGGUGCAAUUAUCCGGAACGAUAAAGGGGAGGUGAUGGCAGCUAUGUCUAUCAAAGGACCACCUGUUACCUGUAGCGAAGAGGCAGAAGUUCUUGCUUGCAGGAAGGCGCUGGAGUUCACAGUGGAUGCAAGCUUCUCAAACGUGAUGCUUGAAGGGGACAAUGAAACUGUUAUGCGGACUAUUUCCUCUUCGUCUAAGAACCACUCCUGGCUGGGUAAUAUUUAUGAUGAUAUUAAAUGGCUUAUGCGUGGGUUGCAAGUGCUUUCUAUUAACAGUGUAAAGAGGGGGGGUAAUGAGGUAGCUAAUAUACUAGCUAGACAUGCUAAGAAUACUGUUGAUGGGAUGUUUUGGUUAGAAGACUCCCCUCCCCCAGCUGUAGCUGCUUUGUACUUUGACUCUAUUCAUAUUAAUGCAUAA